UGCAGCGGCAUGAUCACCAUGCUUGCUUUGCCAGACGCUGCCCGAGAACGCUCUGACGCGCUCUUCGUCGAGUAGAAAGUGUGGACAAGCUGCGAGUUUUUUUGCCAGCUGGACGCCACUUGACAUCGGAGUCCUGCUGCGUCGCGGCAAAAAGCGGGCGUCGGAUCAACAUCGAGCGGAGCUCUAAGCAGCGCAGCAUCAGCCGAUGGAUAGUCGCUCGACAGCGGUCGGCGUUGACUACUUCGCUGGCAGAACGAUAGAUCCAUACGAACCUGCGGAGGAGACGCCGUCUAGCAUCCAUCCGCGUUGACACGGACGUCUGUUAGCGCACUCAGCCAGCGCUACUGUAUCCGGUGGCCACAAGAAGACGCCGUCUGCUUGGGCGCGAGAGAGCAGCCGGCGCUUGCAGUUCCGCCCCGUGAUGAGAGCGCCCGCCACCCGCUUUUUCAAGCAAAGCCCAGUGAGAAUAUUCGCUUUUCCUCCAGCUUUGCUUUGAAAACCGCCGAACAGCCGUUGCCAUUUUCAAAGCUUUUUUUGUUAUUUGGCAAAAUAUUUCUCGAGCGGUUUGCGUAGCACUCCAGAAUCUCUUUCUCUCUCUCUCUCUCUCUUCUGCUGCGGCUGCUCAUUCUCCAACUCGCCGUCCGCUGCGCAUCAGCAGCGUCUUGUCACAUUCAGGCGCCCGAUCUCUACGACGUUGAUGCCCGGCCAGUUCGUUGACGUGGUCGCCGUCGCGUCCCCGACGACGCUCGCCCCCACUCUCAAGGGCCUGGAGGAACCACUAGCCGUGCCUGUGCCUUUGCCCGUACGCGGGGGCCGAUCGCAGUCGCUGUCCACUCUGCCACGCCGCGCAUCCACGGCCAACGUGUUGACGGUGGAGAACAACCAGUCGGAUACCUUCACAGAGGAGGAGGAGCUCGAGUUCCAGCGCCAACAGCACACCCGACACGCGCGACGAGCGCUUAGUUCGGGCGCCGGCAGCUCGCUCAGUCUGCUGCAACAGGAACUCGGCUACCCGCGUCGCGCCCGGGUGGCAGACGGCCACAGGCAUCGACGUGGGUCUUUGUUGGAAACGGCCCUGGAGAACAAGAGAGUACACAGCACCAGCCAUGACAGCAGUCAUGAGAUUCACAGCAACUGCAGCAGUAGUUCAGGUAGCGUGGACAGCGCCAGUGACCUGCAACGCACACAGUCUGUACCCGAACCGGAAGCAGAAAACCAGAUAAACCAGCUCCACUACAAUGGCCGCAGUUGGACAUUCAACGCAGUCACGUGUUCACCACGCAGCGAUGCAACAGGUGCACAAGUAGAGGAAGAGGAAGAAGAGAACUUUAUGAACUACCGCAGUGCGUCGGUCACAGGCUACAGCCGCGACACCGACGGCGUCGUCUACUAUGAAGUGAUCGUGCGCUCCACGGCACACGGUCCGCUAUCAGCCUACAAGGUGCGACGACGCUACUCCGAGUUCCGAGAUUUACACGCCGCAUUGAGCAAAGUCAUGCCAGUAUCACACAGGAAACUAGCGUCCGUCACGGCCAUGGCCAGUAUCAGUGACGACCACAACGAAGAGGAAGAUGCAUCAGUGGGUUUCCGUUUCUCCAUCACAGACUGCGGAGAGGACACAGAGCCAGCAUUACCCCCGCUACCGGACAAGGGCGGCGUGUGGAGCUACCUGCAAUUUGACAGUAUCCCGCUGCUAGAGCGAAGAGCAAAGUACUUCCACGCUAUGUUGGUGGCCGCACAACGGCAUCCAGCAGCGCGUGCCAGCCGACUACUCAACGACUUUGUCGGCACGCCACCCGAUCUCGUGUCCUUGCACUCAAGUGUUGAGAACAGCUACGUGAGCCUGAACCGCUUCGCCGCGCCCAAACUGAGCUUCGACAUUGAGAUCCAGGAGAGGAAAGAGAAGGCCAAGAGCAUCCGGAGACGGCGAAGCUCCCUCAAACGCCAAAGCUUCACCGGUUCGCUUGACGCCAUCUCUAACAGCCCGCGUCCAUCGCAGUAAUCAAGCGAAAUCUCCGCCACAAGGGCGAGACCUCCUCACACAGCAUCUCGGAAUCGGUUUGGAUUCUUUUUUCUCAUCAAUCAGAGCCCCCACUUCUGUCGUUCGUUAUGUGACUCAUGUUUCUUAUUCGUAGUGUAAAUUGUCAAGCAAAAAAAAUAUAUAUAUAUAACGAGUCUGGUGUGGAA